AUUUCCAAGUGCGAGAUGGCUGCACUGUCGAUAUUGAGCAGUUGUCUCAGCGCGGCAAUGAAAUCAUCACUGCUGUUGCUUGUGUUGACUCUGAUCAGCAUUGCCGGACUAUGCUUCUACCGAUUGUAUUUGCACCCGUUGCGGAAGUAUCCCGGCCCAAAGCUCUGGGCUGUAACGAGAUUGCCAUGGAUUUUCAGCACCGUCAAAGGUACCAUCACUCAUGAUGUAGCGAGACUGCACGAGAUAUAUGGUCCCGUCGUUCGACUUGCUCCAGACGAGUUAUCGUACAUCACACCAGAUGCCUCGAAAACGAUUUACCAGUCGAAUCCGGAAUUCCCAAAGGAUCCAAUGCAUCUUCCACCGUUUCACAAUGGUACGCCAGGAAUACUUGCUGCAGACAAACAUAACCAUACCAGAUUUCGAAGAAUGUUAGGUCCAGCUUUUUCCGAUAAAGGUAUGAGAACCCAGCAGCCGUUGAUCCAGAAGCACAUCGACCUAUUGAUGGUGCGACUGCGAGAGCGUAGUAGCAUUGGCUCUGUGGAUAUAUCCGAGUGGUACAAUUGGGUGACAUUCGACAUCAUCGGGGAUCUCUCUUUUGGCGAAUCCUUCGACUGCUGUCUCAAUGCUCGAACCCACGAAUGGAUUGCAUCGAUUCAAGGCAAUGUGAAGGCGAUACCCAUAAUUAAUGCCAUCAGACGCUGCAAGCUCGAUUGGGUCAUUCCUCUAAUCGCUCCAAAGAAACUCCUGGCCAUGCGCAAAAGAAAUGCAGACUUCACUGAAAGUAAAGUCGAUCAGCGCCUGCGACACAAGGAAGCUCGCGGAGAUAUCUGGGAUGCAGUCCUCUGUGAAGAAGAUGACCGCAGCAAGAAAUCCAGUGGCAUGUCUCGGCAAGAGAUCAUCAGCAAUGCCAGUGCAAUCGUGCUAGCUGGAAGUGAGACCUCAGCAACACUACUUGCAGGUUGCACCUGGCUUCUAUUGCAGAACCCACACGUUCUCGAGGCCCUCAAAGUACACAUAAGGAACUCGUUCACCUCUGUCGAAGAGAUUGACCUGAUCAGUGUGGGCAAGCUAGACUACAUGUCUGCCGUUAUUGACGAGGCUCUCCGAUUGUAUCCACCCGUACCAAUGCAGAGCAAUAGGAUUGUGCCCGAAAAUGGUAUGCUGGUGGCUGGGGAGUGGGUACCAGGCGGCACUUCUGUCGCCGUUCAGCAGUACGCCGCCUGCCGAUCAAGCUCAAACUUCCGCAGACCAGAUGAGUUCCUGCCUCAGCGUUGGCUCGGAGACCCAGAAUUUGUUGGCGAUAAAUCAUCUGCAUCGCAACCUUUCAGUCUCGGAGUAAGGAACUGCAUCGGGCGACAGCUUGCUCAUGCAGAGAUGCGUUUAAUUCUAGCUCGCAUGAUCUGGGAAUUCGACAUCCAGCUUGACGCAGCCAGAAUGGGAAACACUGACUGGCUCGGACAGCAGCACGUAUGGAUCUUGUGGGACAAGAGUCCGUUGUGGGUACGACUUCAGCCGCGAGCUGCGUAGAGAAGU